CCUACUCUUUUCUAUUCGCUUCUAAUGGCACCGAAGCGGCUCGUCGAAGAUCUGCCAUCCGCUGCUCGCUUCUCCGAUGCCGAAGAAGAGGAAUCCGAUUUCGAGACUCUCGAAGAAGAUCCAGAAAUCGAUAAUGUGACGCCAAAUUCUGAGGAUGAGAACGAAGAAGACACCCCCGAGGAGGAAGAAGAAGAAGAACAGCAACCAAUCCCUUCUCCCAUCUUUUCCAAACAAGAAAAUUCCUUCGAUAAAGAUUCUGGGUUCGUUUCAGAUUCCGAUUCUGAGAAAACCCAAUCCUCCCCAAGCGCUUCCGCUUUCACCAUCAAACCGAUUCUCCGCAAAUCCCCAUGCGGUUCUUCGAAACCUAGAAAAAGUUCCCACAAAUCGAAUUUGGAUUCCGCGACUGUGGCGCCCAGUUCCGGCUCGAAGCGCCCAAUCGAGAGCAAAUUUCACGGGACAGAGUCGAAUAAUAAGAAGAAGAAGGUAAUGCAUGGGGAAGAUGAAGAAGGAAAGAAGGUCUCUGGCUCUGGAAUUAACAGGCUCUGGAGCGAGGACGACGAGAUCUCCAUAUUACAGGGCAUGAUCGAUUAUCAAUCGGCAAAGGGAUCGGACCCGUAUAGCGAUAUGAGCCUGUUUCUCGAAUCCAUCAAGAAGAAUCUAAGCGUGGACGUAUCCAAGAACCAAUUGAUCGAUAAGGUUAGGAGGUUGAAGAAGAAGUACAAGAACAACUUGGAGAAGGGCCGAAAUGGGGACGACCCAGUACUUCUGAAACCCCAUGAGCAGAAAUCCUUUGUGCUGUCGAAGAAAAUCUGGGGUAAUGAGGCGAAGAAGAAGCCAAGGAAACAGAGUGUGAAAGCUAGCAAUUCAGUGUCUAUAAGCUCGCCGAGAGUGGAUGUGGAAGCAGCAAAGAAAGAUCAGACUGUGAAUGUGGAGAGUAAGAUUUUGCCAGAGGAGUUUCUGUCUGAUUAUCCAUGGCUGAAGGCAUCUUUUCAGAUGGAGAAUGAUAAGUUCUGCUCAGAGGGGCUAAUGCGCCUUGUUAAGGAGAGAAUGCCUUCAAUUGGGAGUGAGAAGGCAAAGGAAUUGGAUGAUAAAUGGAGGAAGCUGGGAGAGGGAGAACUGGAAUUGUACCUGAAGAAGGUUGAAUUAGUUAGGGAACAAUGUAAACUAAUAUUGGAUUCAAUGGGGAAGGCAAGGAGCUAGAGCUAGUUAAGCUUCAUUCUGGUCUUUUCUGGUUGCAAGUUUGGCCCAUUAGAAGCAAAUGAAAGGAGAAGUAGCCACCACUCACUCAACCACGAAGAAAAUGUUUAUAACAUUUGAGUUAAUUUUACUAAUGUCUAGAAUUUUUGUUAUUUAAUAUUUCUGUUGAUACAAGAGAACCAGAAGUUGCUUUACUAAUGGUGUAUUAUCUCUGCAAGAAGAUUUGCAUUGAAAAUGGCAGGGGUUUUUAGAUUAGAACUCUUGCAGAGUUUUAACUCACCCCAUAAUAUCCUAUUUCUUCUCUUCCUCUUCAUGAAUAUAAUGAAGCUUUUGGUUUAAUUUCAUUA